CACCCUUAGACUAGCAAAGGCAGCCAAAUAUUUGACAAACUAGCAAUCGUCAGCUAGCCAGCUAGGAGUUGAAAUAAUACGUCGUCAAAAAACACAUUUCCCUACACUUGAGCCGCUGACGUUUAUGCCAAGGAUUUAGGUUUGCGUGUAAACAGGAUGUCAACUCCAGCAAGACGACGUUUAAUGAGAGAUUUUAAACGACUGCAAGAGGAUCCUCCAGCUGGAGUUAGUGGGGCCCCAUCAGAAAAUAAUAUCAUGGUAUGGAACGCUGUCAUUUUUGGACCGGAGGGAACACCUUUUGAGGAUGGAACCUUCAAACUUACCAUUGAAUUCACAGAGGAAUAUCCAAAUAAACCUCCAACAGUGCGAUUUGUCUCUAAAAUGUUUCAUCCAAAUGUGUAUGCAGAUGGCAGCAUAUGCUUAGAUAUACUUCAGAACCGUUGGAGUCCAACCUAUGAUGUGUCUUCAAUCUUAACUUCAAUACAGUCUUUACUGGAUGAGCCAAACCCAAACAGUCCAGCUAAUAGCCAAGCAGCCCAGCUGUACCAGGAAAACAAGCGGGAAUACGAGAAGAGGGUUUCUGCUAUUGUUGAACAGAGUUGGCGUGACUGUUGACCCCUGUUAAAGUUCAAGUAUGAACAGUGUCCAGCCCAGAAUCAAGAAACCACCGAUCAAGAAAACAACUGAUCUCACAGAAAUAAAGAUACACAUCUUAAAAUCCUUCUCAGUAUAUUUGUCCCAUAAUUGUUGCUAAGUUUGUAUGCUGUUGUGUUGUGGCAUUCACUCCUGCCGGAUGCUAUUGUUGGGCAAUAGCGUAUGUUUGUUAAAAGUUAAUGUACCUUGUUAUAUCUGGGUUACUUGCUACAUGCCCCAAGUCUUUCCUUUUUUUUUUAAAAAAUAAAAAAAAAAAGGCAAUGGCCGGUCUCUCAGUUGUCACUUUUCUACCUGUUUUUUUAAACUGGCUGGAUGAUUUGGUGACAGUUAAUUAGAUGUGCUUGCUGCGUGGUUUGCUGUGUAGAUACAACAGUUAAUAUUUACAACAAAAAAAAACAAAAAAACAAAGCUGUUCAUGGGUGUUUUCCUCCUGUUUCAGUGGGCUCACUCCUUUUGGUUUUAUUUCUUUCUGCCUUUUGAAAGCCUUUCAGUGGGAUUGAAAAUAAACCUGGCAUUGGCAUCCAUCCCUCUAACAAGUUGUCAACUCAACAGAUGCCUUUCUCUCAACUGUACUUGUAAACCCAUGCCUUGUAUUUCAAAAAUGUUCUAGAUAUUGGUGAACAUGUACGUCCCUCUUCAACACUGAAACAAGACAUUAAGUACCCUUUCUGGGCACUUAACUUUGUUUCAUGCACAGAGUUUCAUAAUGCUGACAUUUAAAGGCUGUGUGAGAACAUUUUUAUGCUAUUUUACAAUCUUACAAACCAGCUCUCAUAAUGAGCUGAUUGUACUGUUUAAACAGGAUGGUGUCUCUUUUCAGAUUAUAAAACUUUGCACUGGUAACCCAUGUAACAAACUGUACAUUUUCUUGUAAAUAAAAUAAAUAUACAUCA